CCGGCAGGUGACCUCGCUCUUCCCGCUCAAGAUCGAACUCGGUCGCCUCCAAGAUGAUGCGCCGUCGCGGCCUCCGCAAUUUCUGCCACGGCGUCGCCUCCACGUCGACGCUGCAGCAGCUCCACGGCAAGGAGGAGCUGGGCAGCGGCGCGGGCGCCGCGUCCUCGUCGUUCCUCACGGUGCCACCAUCGAUGGUUGGCUCGUGCGUGGCCGAGACCGAGGUGAGCGGCACGGGCACCGGUGGCGCUGGUGGUGGUCCGGCGGUCACGCUGGAGCAGAUGAUCCUGCAGCUGGACCUGGAGGAGGAGGCAGCGAGGAAGGCGCGGCGCGCGGCGGCGGGGGAGGGGGAGGGAUGGUGCCCGCGGCGGAUGUCGUGCGUGGACGGUGGCUCGGCGGACCACGUGCUCCGGUCGGCGCGGGACGCGCUGAGCCAGUACCCGCGCUUCUCCCUCGACGACCGGGACUCCAUGUACCGCGCGUCGUUCAGCGGAUACUAUGAUGCCAUGGGCCGGAACGAUGCCAUUGCUGGCGUGGUCGCCGGCGGCCGCCUCAGCCCCCUGUCGAGGGCGUCGGUAUGCUGCGCCGCUGGGGCGGGGUGCGGGGCGCUCGCGUGCAGCGCGGGUGGAUACGAGAUGGACCCGGAGCGGACCCUGCGGCUGCCGGCCACGGUCGCGGGGGAGAGCGUGGUAUGGUGCAAGCCCAGCGUGGUGGCCAAGCUCAUGGGGCUGGAGGCCGUGCCCGUACCGGUCAGGGGAGGGCCCCGGCGGAGGAAGGCCAGCGGGUCGCCGCCGGUGGCAACUUACGGCGGCGUCAGGAAGCACAGGAUGAGGAGGACGGGGCAAGAGGAGCUGGCAUUCAAGAAGGAGAGGCUCUUCAUGGCGCUGCAUGGCUAUGACGUCGUCGGGGCUGGCGCGGGCCACGCUGGCGCCCUCCGCUCCAGCGUCGGGCCCGAUGUCUGCGGGAUGGACAAGGACGGCGAUGGCUGGAAGUUUCGGCUACGCCGUUGACGGGAGACCGAUCGACGUCCGUCGUCAAUGUGUACGGUUCUUUUUUUUAAAAGAAAAUGUAUGACUGGCUAACACAUACGGCGUGCCGAUCUGUGGUUAUA